ACUGGGGGUCUGCUCUCUGAGACACCGAUUGCCCACCGAUCCCGGGAAAGGGCUGGGAGAAAGGAUGCUUGGGUUUUUCACAGUGGGUGGGGGCAGGGGCCUCCCUCCGUAGACGUCACCCACUAAACUUCCUCUCUCAGCCACACAGGAAGCUGAGCCGGCUCAGGGCCCAGCCCUGCGCAAGCACGGCCCCCAGGACCCCUAGGGAAAGGGCCCCACCAGGCCGGCCCUGCAGGGACCAUGGGAUCCAGAGCUGAAGGGGGUACCCCUGCCGUGUUUGAUUGGUUCUUUGAAGCAGCCUGCCCUGCCUCCCUACAGGAGGAUCCCCCCAUCCUGCGGCAGUUCCCCCCAGACUUCAGGGACCAGGAAGCUAUGCAGAUGGUGCCUAAAUUCUGCUUCCCUUUUGAUGUGGAAAGGGAGCCCCCCAGCCCCGCGGUACAGCAUUUCACGUUCGCCCUCACCGACCUGACCGGCACCCGUCGAUUCGGUUUCUGUCGCCUCCGGGCUGGUGCUCACAGCUGUCUCUGCAUCCUCAGCCACCUUCCCUGGUUUGAGAUGUUCUACAAGCUGUUGAACACAGUAGGGGACCUCCUAGCCCAGGACCAAGUCUCGGAGGUCGAGGAACUUCUUCUAGAUCUGCUGCAGCAUCCGCUGCCGGGGACCCAGGCCUCAGUGGAGCUGGGCAGCGGAGUGACGAUCUCCAGAGCGCACGGCAUUCCGCCCCCUGCCCCCGGGAACAGCAGGCCGCUUUCCUGCUUCGUGGCCCCCGACCCAGGCCGCCUGCCAUCCAUUCCUGAGAACAGAAACCUAACGGAGUUGGUGGUGGCAGUGACCGACGAGAACAUCUUGGGGCUGUUCGCGGCUCUCCUAGCGGAGCGAAGGGUCCUGCUCACCGCCAGCAAGCUAAGCACGCUAACCUCGUGCGUCCACGCGUCCUGCGCCCUCCUGUACCCCAUGAGCUGGGAGCACGUACUGAUCCCCACGCUGCCGCCGCACCUGCUGGACUACAGCUGCGCCCCCAUGCCCUACCUCAUCGGAGUCCACGCCAGUCUCGCCGAGAGAGUUCGGGAGAAAGGCCUAGAGGACGUAGUGAUGAUGAAUGUGGACUCCAAUAUCUUAGAGACGCCCUUUGACGACAUGCAGGCGCUGCCCCCAGACGUGGUGUCCCUGCUGAGGCUGCGCCUAAGGAAGGUCGCGCUAGCCCCAGGGGAAGGGGUUUCCCGUCUCUUCCUCAAAGCCCAGGCUCUGCUUUUUGGGGGCUACCGCGAUGCGCUCGUCUGCAGCCCGGGCCAGCCAGUAACUUUCAGUGAAGAAGCCUUCUUGGCCCAGAAGCCAGGGUCUCCCCUGCAGGCCUUCCACCGGCGGGCUGUGCACCUGCAGCUGUUCAAACAGUUCAUCGAAAGCCGACUGGAGAAGCUUAACACAGGAGAGGGCUUCUCAGAUCUCUUUGAGCAGGAGAUCACCUGCAUUGGGGACUCCUCAGGCACACUUCGCUCCUACCAGCUCUGGGCAGACAACCUAAAGAAAGGUGGUGGUGCCCUCCUGCAUUCGGUCAAGGCCAAGACUCAACCAGCCGUCAAAAACAUGUACCGCUCGGCCAAGAGCGGCUUGAAGGGGAUGCAGAGCCUUCUGCUGUACAAGGAUGGGGACUCUGGCCUGCAGAGGGGAGGCUCCCUGAGGGCCCUGUCCCUCACCAGCCGCUCAGAUCGCCUGCAGCAGCGCCUGCCUAUUACCCAGCACUUUGGACAGAACCGGCCCCUUCGCCCCAACAGGAGACUCCGACUGGAAGAAGGACCUCCUGAGUCCCUGGGGGAAGGGACACCCCCUCUGAGCCCUGAGGAUGCCCAGGACCCAUGGGCAGAGGAAGCUCUGGACAGCAGCUUCCUGGGGUCUGGGGAAGAACUAGAUUUGCUGGGUGAGAUUCUGGACAGUCUGAGCACAGGAGCCACAAGGACAGGCAGCCUGCGGCCCAGCCAGAGCUUGGACUGCUGCCACAGAGGGGACCUUGACAGCUGCCUCAGCCUGCCCAACAUACCAGGAAGACCAAGAUGGCAGCCAGAUGAGGAGGACGCCCCAGAGCCCCAGCCCCAGUCCCUGCCGGCCAGCAUGCCAUAUCUGCAAACACUCCAGCCUUCGGACACCAGGAGCUCCUCAGAGAACCUCCCUCCCCAGCCGCCCUCAGAGGCCAAUCAAGAAGUCACUUCUCCAUCCCAGUCUUCAACAACUGCAGACCCAAGCUAUCAAAGGGCCCCUGAACCCUCUCUCACAGAGCCCUGUCAUCGAAUCCAACAUCUCUCCCCUCCUCAUGAAGCAGCCGGAGAUCCCAGAGCCCAGGGGAGCCCCUGCUCCCAGCUCUUGACAGCCCCUACCCAGCCCAGCCCUCCAGAAAGCCAACUUCAGGUCCCCACAGAGCCUAACUCGGAUAUCACCUGGACAUCCCAACCCCUUGACUCUUCCUCAGAUCCUGGCUCCCCAAAGAACCCCCGAGCCCAGCCUUCUGAGGGCCUGCUAGCAGAGCACGCUCACCUCCAGUCCCCCAAGGGGCCGGGAGCUCCCAGAUCCCCUGCUGCACCUUCUAGCAACCAGCAGGAGCCUCUGGCCAGGAGCCGGCCCAGAGUUGCUGAACUUAAAAAGUGUUUUGAAGGUUAAGGAUCAGGUGUCUGGAGAAGACA